AUGGGGGCCAAGACUUCAGGAGAAAGCUUCGAGAAGAUUGAGUCUAUUCAUCAAUACUAUUCACCAUGCUCUUCCAAAGCCUUCUCUCCUCUUCCCUUCUUCUGGCCAUCGCCCAAGCUGGCCCAGCGCGAUGGUCUCCCCGUCUGCGAUGACACUUCCAAGACCUACCCAGGUCCUUACACAGACGGCGAAGGAACCUACGUAACUUCAGACCGAACCACCCAUCCCUACAAAUUCCCCAAGGUCCGUAAAUGCUGGUACGACUACUUCGUCCUCGAGACCUCAAAGGAGUACACCCCAUGGCAGAAAGCCUCCGGCAACAUCUACUGCACCGGCACCCAAGUCUGCACUGCCACCAAGCUCGUUGGCAACGAGGUCUGCCAGGAGAGAUCCGAAAGCGUCAGUGUCAGCGUCGGUGCUGAGAUCGAGGGUUUCAGCCUUGGUCUUGACUUCACGACUACAGAUACCAAGUUCAAGUGUAUUCAGGCUUAG